AUGAAUAUCUACUAUGGUUUAUGUCUUUUAACAUUUAUUUUCUCAACUAUAAACUCCAUCAUAUUACCAACCGUGAAUAAAGAUUGGCUGAUUGAAUUUCAUCAGCAUGUUGAGCCAGAAGCAGCAAAGCGUAUCGCCAAACGAUAUGCAAUGGUUUCUCGUGGACCAGUAAUGAAUGACAAACGUUUGUAUCAUUUUGUGGAUCUUAAAUCAAUAAAUCCGCAAAGACGUCGAAAACGAGAUACUGCUCAAGAAGAAUUUAUUCAACGAAACGAGCUUGUUAAACAAGCUAUUCAUCAAAUACCAUAUAUUCGUGCUAAACGUGGCUAUCGCUCUCCCGAUGAGUUUAAAGCCGCUUUUCCUGAAUAUCAAUCUCCUACGGAUCCUUUUUUUCAAUAUCAAUGGUAUCUAAAAAAUGUUGGUCAAGCCGGUGGCAAACCACGACUCGAUCUGAAUGUUGAAGAAGCUUGGGCACUUGGAUAUACAGGUAAAAAUGUCACAACAGCCAUUAUGGAUGAUGGUGUUGAUUAUACACAUCCGGAUCUCAUGCGCAAUUAUAAUGCAGCCGCUAGUUAUGAUUUCAGUAGUAAUGAUCGAUAUCCAUAUCCACGCUAUACCGAUGAUUGGUUUAAUAGUCAUGGAACACGUUGUGCCGGUGAAAUUGCUGCUGCAAAAAAUAAUAACAUUUGUGGUGUAGGUGUUGCUUAUGAUUCAAUGGUAGCCGGUAUAAGAAUGUUAGAUCAACCUUUUAUGACAGAUCUAAUUGAAGCCAAUUCUAUGGCACAUGAACCGAACAUGAUCGAUAUCUAUUCAGCAUCAUGGGGACCAGUUGAUGAUGGAAAAACAAUCGAUGGGCCACGACAUGCAACUAUGAAAGCUAUUGUCAAAGGCAUUAAUGAAGGUCGCCACGGUCUAGGUUCGCUGUAUGUAUGGGCUAGUGGCGAUGGCGGAGUUAAUGAUGAUUGUAAUUGUGAUGGAUAUGCUGCUUCAAUGUGGACAAUAUCAAUAAAUUCAGCAAUAAAUGAUGGAAGAACAGCACUUUACGAUGAAUCUUGUUCAUCGACACUUGCUUCAACAUUUAGUAAUGGUCGAAGUGAAGAUCCACAUGCCGGAGUUGCAACAACUGAUUUAUAUGGUCAAUGCACAUUGAAACAUUCGGGUACAUCAGCAGCAGCACCAGAAGCAGCCGGCGUAUUCGCUCUUGCCCUGGAAGCAAAUCGUCAAUUAACCUGGAGAGAUGUUCAGCACUUAACUGUUUUAACAGCAAAACGUAAUCAACUAUUUGAUCCGUCAAAACAACAUUUAUGGCAUAUCAAUGGAGCUGGAUUAGAAUUUAAUCAUUUAUUUGGUUUUGGUGUACUAGAUGCCGGUGAUAUGGUUCGACACGCUAGAGAAUGGAAACCCUUACCAGCAAGAUAUCAUUGUUCAGCUGGUAAUAUUACGGGAAAACGACCAAUACCAGAAAAGGGUUCAUUAAAAAUAACAAUAGUUACCGAUGCGUGCAAAGCUACUAAAGAUGAAGUUAAUUAUAUCGAACAUGUUCAGGCAUUUAUAACAUUAAAAAGUAGUCGCCGCGGUAACACAGUUAUUUUUAUAACGUCACCACUUGGCACAAGAUCAUUAAUUCUAAGCCGUCGUCCAUUAGAUGAUGAUUCAACGAAAGGCUUCUUUAAAUGGCCAUUUAUGACAACGCACGCAUGGGCUGAACAAGCUCAAGGUACAUGGACACUUGAAAUUCGUUUUGACAAUGCAGAUAAUGCGAAUGCACCGUUGACAAAUCAACAAAAUCAAACAAAAUCGGACAAAGAGCAAAGUGAAAAAUUAACUACCGGUGAAUUUUUCGAAUGGUCAUUAGUGUUACACGGAACAAAAACAUCACCAUAUGCCGAUCAAACACCAUUAUCCGUACAUGGAGAUAAGAGUAAAUUGUCGAUUACUAAGCAAAUACAUGCAAAUAACUUUCACGACAAAGCAAAAUAUAUUAAACUACUUAAACAGGAUAAUCAAAAACGUUUAGGAAGCGAUGAUGAAACGAUCAUGUAA